AUGAACGUCGCCUACAACACUGCCCUCCGGCAGAGCAAAGCCCUCCGCCACGACCUCGACCGUCUCGACGGCGCCUCCGCAGGCGCCCUCACCGCCGCCGAGAUCGGCAACGCAUCCGCCUCCCUCGCCUCCUUCGGCAAGGCCAUCGACGACUACGCCACCCUCGCCCGCCAAGAAAUCGUCCCCAAGAAGCAGGAGGAGGCCCGCGAGCGCGCCCGCCGCUUCAAGGAGGACCUCGCCGACAUGCGCACCCGCCUCGACACUGUCCGCCGCGCCCGCGAAGACGCCAACCAAGCCGCGAACCGGAGCGAGCUCCUCGGCCGCCGCGGCUUCGGCGUCUUUGGCGAGGGCUCCCGGCGGCACGGCGGCGCGGCGGGCAGCCAGCUCACGUUUGGCAGCGGCGACGAGAUGCGCGAGUCCCACGCCCUCCGCGAACAGAAUUUCUUCUCCAACACCAACUCGGCGUUGGACGAUUAUAUUGCGCGCGGGCAGGCCGUGCUGGGCGAUCUCGGCCAGCAGCGGGAGAUGCUCAAGAAUACCCAGAAGCGGCUCUACUCGGUCGCCAAUACCCUCGGUAUCUCGGGCGACACCAUCAAGAUGAUUGAGCGGCGCGCGAGGGAAGACAAGUGGAUCUUUGCCGCGGGCGCCAUCGUAUUUUUCUUGUUCUGUUGGUUGUGCAUCCACUUCCUGAGGUGA